AUGCCGCAAGAUCAAAGGUUGCGACCUAUAGGUACCUGGCCUGAUACGGUCACCGACCCAGGCCAGGAAACAGGUCGCAACCUUUGCUCUUGCCGACGCUUGUGGAUUAUCUUCAGCCUCACCAGUUUAAUCCUUAGCAUUAUGGAUAGGUUUUUGAAGACAUCAUCGGAGCCAGCCACCAAGAAACGGAAACGCUCUAUCAAUCUAUCAUUCCUCGACAAGUAUGGUGUAGCUGACGUCAGUGGUAAAGGGGUUUGUGUUAUGUGUUCUAAAGAGCUUGCUGAGGAAUCUUUGAAGCCGAACAAACUACAGAGACACAUGGAAACUCACACAAAUGUUGCUGUAUUUUCAGAAGAGGCUCGUAAAAGAAUUUUACAUCAUUGUCAUAAAACUCUAACCAAGUCUCAGUCAAUUUUAAGCAGAGCACUAUCUCACAAGGAGAGGAUGGAAAUGUUCUCAUAUAAGACAGCUUUUCUCAUUGCUCAGCAAAAACGUCCACUCACGGAGGGUGAGGCUAUCAUAAACCCAACUUUAAGGAACUUUUGCGAAGUAUUUGAGGGUGAACCAUUUGCCAAAAAGAUAACUGAAGCUGUUGAUGAUGCUACUCUGAGUAAUAACACAAUGACAAGACGCUUCCAGUGUCUUGCAGCAGACCUGAAAGAGCAAAUUUUGGAAGACUUCAGAAAUUCUCCACGGAUAGCCCUGGCAGUGGACGAGUCAACUGAUAUUACAUCACAGCCGCAGCUUCUGACCUUCGGAAGAUUUCUUAAGGAAUCUUCAGUAGCUGAGGAACUGCUUGCUUGUAUUUCACUUGAAACUACAACACGAGGCGAGGAUAUUUUCAGUGCUAUAGAUAAGUUCUUCGCUGAAAACAACUUGGAAUGGAGUAAGGUAACUGAAUGCAGCAUGGAUGGUGCCCCAUCAAUGAUGGGCAAGAACAUUGGAUUGCGUGGAAUUUUAUCAAGAAAACAUCCUCACAUUAAAACAAACCACUGUAUCAUCCAUCGCCAGAGUCUGGCAUCAAAAGACAUGUCUCAGAGCUUCUCUGAUGUGAUGCAGGUAGUCAUUGCAGCUGUCAAUACAUGA